AUGCCUUCCUUCCGGCUUUUUUCUCUUGCAUCCACCAACGUCAGCAACACAGACAUCAUCAGCCUUUCUUCAACAACCAAGUCGGUAAGGAAGGGAAGAAGAGUUGAACGAACGCUUUUCCAAAUAACAUCCGAAGGAGAACUUCCACUUGCUUCCAUCGAUGGCGAGCUCUUCUUCACAACCGCCGCAGGGUGUGGCGUGUAUGAGCCCUUCCGAGUUCCUCGACCAAUCGGACGAAUCCACUGUGCGUUGCAAUACACCCAGUUCCAGUUCCAGUUCCGACUCCACGCCAAUGAGACGAGUCAGAUUCCGCUGCAAGAAGACUGGAUUGGUACACUCAGCAUCAGGAACGAGUGA